AUGGGUCGUCGAGCGUACCCCUGUGCGCGGAUACCCAUCUCGCAGCACUUUGCGCCGACACGCAUGGCCGCCACGCUGCUUGCCGCCAUCCACGCUGUCGGCGGAGGCAGCGGUGCCACCUCCGCGCCCGCCGACGCCCGCCCGCCCGCCGGCCCGCCCGCCGGCCCUCCCGCCGCGGCACUGGUCCGGCUCUUCUUCGACUCGCGCGCUGAGGCGGCGCGCGAGUGCGCCGCGGCGGGCGAGGCGGCGGCGGGCGAGGCCGCGACGGGCGAGGCGGAGCUAGGAGGGCGGCGCGGCGGCGGCGGGGCGGCCGAGGCGCCGGGCGGCGCCGAGGCGCUCGCGGGCGCGCUGCGCUCUCUUUGCGACGUCCUCGAGUCGGCGCGGCCGCACGCGCUGCUCCGCGCCCUCUGCCUCCCCCUCGCCGUGGAGGCGGAGCCGGGCACUGCCGGCAGUGCCGCCAGCAGCGCCGCCAGCAGCGGCACCGCGUUCGCCGCCGCGCGAGCCGGCGCGUCUUCAACGGCGGCGGCGGCAGAGGCGCUCGAGCGAGCUGCGGCGGACGGGUGGAAGCUCGUGGCGGCCGCAGUCGAUGGCGGCGGGCCUCGCUUGUGCCGGCUGCUCUCGCUCCUCACGCCGGGCGAGCCGUGCGCGCUCGCCUUCUCGACGCACCUCGAGCGGGCGCUCGCGGCCGAGCUGCGGACCGCCGCCGCCGCGCAGCCCGCCGUGCGAAUGAUCAAGGCGGCGCUGGUGCGCGCCGCCGCCGCCGCCGCCGCCGCCGCCGACAGAGUGGGCGAGGGCGUCUGCGGCGCCGAUUUUCGCGCCGAGGACGGGUGCGAUUGGGUCGCGGGCGCGGGGGCUGAGGCGGACUCGUCGCGCCAAGGGGGAGGGGAGUGGGUGCAGCUCCCGCCGCCGCUCGUCGCGGUCGUGCAGACGGCGGCUGCUUCGGCGCACGCCGCCUGCUGGCUGCGCACCACCCUCCACCGCCUCUCGCGGCCGCCUCUCGCGGCGCCGGCUGGCACGCCCGCCCCCGGCGGUGCGCCAGACGGGAGCGGCGGGCAUGGCGGGCGCAGCGGACGCGACCCGGCGGAGACGGCCCUCGCAGUCGAGGUGAGCGCGUGGUGGGCGGUCCCGCUCCUCGCCACGCUCGAGUCUGCCGUUGCGGUCGCCUCGGCGAGGGCGGCAAAGGCGGAGGUGGCGCGGGGCGGCGCGGCGGCACGGGACAGCGGCGAGGCGGCCGCGAUGAGCUCGCUGGUGCUCUCGGCGCGGCUGUGCGGCGCGCUUGCCGCCCAGCUGCCGCGCUGGCCUUUGGCCUUUUGCCAGGUCGAGUCGUGCGCCGCGGCCGAGCUGCAGCCACUCGUCGCCGCCUUCGCUUCGCUCGAGGGCACCGCGCACGCCGAGUGGGCGCGCCUCGCCGUCGCGACGCGCGGCGCGCUGCCGCCGCGCGCAGAGGAGGCGUCGGGCGUGUACUGGCGCGCCGUCGAGGCGCACUCGAGCCCUGCCGCCGCCGAGGGAGCGCUGACCGAGCCGCGGCUCACUCUGCCCGCGGAGGCGUCGGCCGAACUGAGCGAUUGGCUAUGGCGGCGGCAUUGCGCCGUGCGUGCCACCGGAAGCUCCGCCCUGCAGCCGCGGCUGCUGGAGGCCGAGGCGGAGGCUGCGGCGGGCUGCCUCGCCGCCGCCUUCCGGUCGCAGCUCGAGCGGCUUGCUGGCGACGACGACAGCGGCGAGACGGCUGAGGCGCGGCAGAGGCAGGCGCUGCAGCUCUACUUCGACGUGACGCUCUGCCGCGCAGCCCUCCGCAGCCGCCCGCAGCCGCUGCCGCCGGCGGAUGCGCGGGUCUCGGCGCAGCGGCACGAGUUUGACAAGGCGGCGAGGGCGACGCUCACCGCCGCCGCCGCCAAGCUCGGCGCGGCGGCGCGGGAGCCUCCCCUACCGCGCGACAAGGCGGCGGCGGACGACGGCGCAGCUGCGGGUGGUGAUGGCUAUGACUUUGGACCUUUGCGAGAGGUGGCGAGCGGAGCAAGCGCGGUGUAG